AGAGAGAGAAAGCAAGAGACAGCAGAGCGGGCGAAGGGGCAGAGGGAGAAGCCGACUCCCUGCUGAGCAGGGAGCCCGAGUUGGGGCUGGAUCCUAGGACCCCAACGCGUGGAAUCAGGACCUGAGCCAAAGGCACAUGCUUAACCAACUUAAUCACCCAGGUGGCCCUGAUUUUUCUACAAAAUGUAGACUUUGAGGCCAAGUGGUAAAAGUUAGGGGUCUUGAAUCAGAUUGAGAUCCCACCCAAAUAACACCAGUUAAUAUUUUUAAGUUACUUAACUGGUAUGUGUUUUCACUUCCUUGUUUGUAAAAAGUGACUUGUAUUAAUACUACCUCGGAGAGUUGUGAGAAUUUAAUGGGAAAAAAGAAGAAUUUAAUGGAUAACCCCAUUACAACCCCAGGCUUGUCAUGUAGGGAAUAUUUCCAGUAGAUGUCCACUACUAUUACAACAUUAAUCAUUCUACUAUAUUUUACUAUGUCAUGGAUUGGGAUAUUUGGAAGUGAUGAAUUAGUAUAAAAGCUGUAAGGUUAUAUUUCUAUAAAUAUAAAGAAUUUGAAAAGUGCUCGAAGGAAAUUACAACUAAAAUAGAAAUUUUGGGAAAGAUCAGAGGCUAGUAUACAGAGAAGGUGGGUACAUUUAUUUAAUACUUACACAUUUAGCCACAUGAUGUCGCUGUCCACCAGAAGGUAUUUAACGACAAAAGAAAUGAAGCAUGCGUUAUGUACUCAGAUGCUGCUCUCUGAAAUACGGCCACGGUAAGGUUAUUUAAGAAAAGAAUGAGGAACUCAAAUUAUUUUUUGAAGUUUGGAUCAAGGCAAGAACGACACAGUAUUUGGAAAAGGCUUGCAAGGGUGUUUUCACGGAGAGAAGAAGGUCCAGGAGCCCGGCGAUUACUGUUUUCGCUUCUGCUCCUCUCAGUCUGGGAGACCGUGAGCGGCCAGGUUCAUUACUCAGUCCUGGAGGAGGCCAAACACGGCACCUUCGUGGGCCGCAUCGCCCAGGAUUUGGGGCUGGAGCUGGCGGAGCUGGUGCCACGCCUGUUCCGGGUGGCGUCCAAAGGCCGCGGGGACCUUCUGGAGGUAAAUCUGCAGAAUGGCAUUUUGUUUGUGAAUUCUCGGAUCGACCGGGAGGAGCUGUGCGGGCGGAGUCUGGAGUGCAGCAUCCACCUGGAGGUGAUCGUGGACAGGCCGCUGCAGGUUUUCCAUGUGGAGGUAGAGGUGAAGGACAUUAACGACAACCAGCCAGUUUUCCCGGUGGCAGUAAAAAAAUUAUUUAUUUACGAAUCCCGGCCGCCUGGUUCUCGGAUUCCGCUAGAGGGCGCGUCAGAUGCAGAUAUUGGAGCCAAUUCUCUGUUGACCUACAGUCUUAACUCUAACGAUUAUUUUACCUUGGAUAUUAAAAGAAAUGAUGAUAAUAUUAAAUCCCUUGGACUCGUGUUGAGAAAAGUUUUAGAUCGCGAGGACACUCCUGAACAUCACUUACUAGUAACGGCUGUUGAUGGUGGGAAACCAGAGCUCACCGGAACUACUCAAGUGAAGAUCACCAUUCUAGAUGUAAACGACAACGCCCCAGAGUUUGAGAGGACUGUCUACAGAGUCAGUUUAUUCGAAAAUGCACCAAACGGUACCCUAGCAGUGAUUGUUAACGCCUCUGAUUUGGAUGAAGGAGUAAAUAAGGACAUUGUAUAUUCUUUCAAUACAGACAUGUCAGCAGAUACUCUUUUGAAAUUCCACUUAGACCCAGUUAGUGGAUACAUCAGUGUAAAAGGUAAUAUAGAUUUCGAGGAAACUAAGUUAUAUGAAAUCCAGGUAGACGCGACAGAUAAAGGAACUCCCCCAAUGACAGGUCACUGCACGGUUCUGGUGGAAAUUUUGGACACCAAUGAUAAUGUACCUGAGUUGGUUAUCAAAUCACUAUCAUUACCUGUAUUAGAAGAUGCUCCCCUCGGCACGGUCAUUGCCCUAAUCAGUGUGUCUGACCGCGACUCUGGUGCCAACGGGCAGUUGACCUGCACCCUGUCACCCCGCGUUCCCUUCAAGCUGGUGUCCACCUUCAAAAACUACUAUUCGCUGGUGCUGGACAGCGCCCUGGACCGAGAGAGCGUGGCGGACUAUGAGCUGGUGGUGACAGCACGAGACGGGGGAUCGCCUUCGCUGUCCACCACAGCUAGCAUGUACGUUGAGGUGGCGGACGUGAACGACAACGCGCCGGCAUUCGCGCAGCCCGAGUACACGGUGUUCGUGAAGGAGAACAACCCGCCCGGCUGCCACAUCUUCACGGUGUCUGCGCGGGACGCCGACGCGCAGGAGAACGCGCUGGUGUCCUACUCGCUGGUGGAGCGGCGCGUGGGCGAGCGAGCGCUGUCGAGCUACGUGUCGGUGCACGCGGAGAGCGGCAAGGUGUACGCGCUGCAGCCGCUGGACCACGAGGAGCUGGAGCUGCUGCAGUUCCAAGUGAGCGCGCGCGACGCGGGCGUGCCUCCCCUGGGCAGCAACGUGACGCUGCAGGUGUUCGUGCUGGACGAGAACGACAACGCGCCCGCGCUGCUGCCGCGGCCGGGGGCGGGCGGCGGCGCUGUGAGCGAGCUGGUGUCGCGGUCGGUGGGCGCGGGCCACGUGGUGGCGAAGGUGCGCGCGGUGGACGCCGACUCUGGCUACAACGCGUGGCUGUCGUACGAGCUGCGGCCGGCGGCGGGUGGCGCGCGCAGCCCGUUCCGCGUGGCGCUGUACACGGGCGAGAUCAGCACGACGCGCACCCUGGACGAGGCGGACUCGCCGCGCCAGCGCCUGCUGGUGCUGGUGAAGGACCACGGCGAGCCGGCGCUCACGGCCACGGCCACUGUGUUGCUGUCGCUGGUGGAGAGCGGCCAGGCGCCCAAGGCGUCGUCGCGGGUGCUGGCGGGCGCCGCUGGCGCCGAGACGGCGCUGCUGGAUGUCAACGUGUACCUGAUCAUCGCCAUCUGCGCGGUGUCCAGCCUGUUGGUGCUCACGCUGCUGCUGUACACGGCGCUGCGCUGCUCGGCGCCGCCCGCGGAGGGCGCGUGCGCGCCUGGGAAGCCCACGCUGGUGUGCUCCAGCGCGGUGGGGAGCUGGUCGUACUCGCAGCAGAGGCGGCAGAGGGUGUGCUCCGGGGAGGGCCCGCCCCCGGCCCCGCCCCCGCCCGCGUCCAAGACCGACCUCAUGGCCUUCAGCCCCAGCCUUCCACCUGGUCCCAUUGGCGGGGAUAGAGAAGAGCAGCUGAAUGUGGACGUUGAUCUUUCUGCUAAAGUGAGUACAGUUUUUAAAACCCUUUCAAAAUGUCCUUGUUUAUUAUUCUUCAAUGUUUUUAUUCUUUUUGAAACAUGUUUUUGUUAAUUGGUUUUCUAGGAUUUUGUGGUUAAAAUGUUUGAAUUUCUUUUGACUAAUGUUUUUGAACUGAAUCAGCAGUAAGUAGUGAGAACCAUAUUUGUAGUUUUUUGUCGUUGUAGUAGUAGUAGUUAUUAUUAGGUGCGGUAAUAGGAUUAUUUUAUUGCUAAUGUAUGGAUAGAAACUAAAUAUAUUUUUCUUGAUGAAUUGUAUUGUUUAGAAUAUUUGACUCCCAACUGUGGUUUACUAAUCCUUGCUCAAUGCUUCAGUAGCCUUUGCCCCUUUUCAUUUGGAAUUCUUUUUUUUUUUUUUUUUAUUUAUUUA